UUCCUUAUUAAAAAUAACAGAAUUUUGAAGCUGAAAAAUUGCUGCGCGCUCCUACUUGCUAAAUUCAUCACCCAACUUACGUGGCUUCUCCACAGUCUCUCUCUCUUCCCUUUGUCUCACCUCCCCCAAUCAUCUAGGGUUUCAUUUGCAGAUUCGUGCCCUCUUCUAUUCAACUAUGGAAUCGAUAUUAUGCACUUCUUCGAGCUAUAAUUUCGUCGGGUACAUGUCUCGGCAAGCUUCAAUUGGUAGUCAAACUGUUGUGUUUCAAACAACAAACAAGGGAAAAUUACAGCGAAUAGCAUCGAAAAUGGCUUCUGCGGAUGCCAAUUCCAUCAACGGCAGUCCAAGAAGAAGCCGGACUUCGGCCCAAACCGAAGCACUACAGUCGGGAAAAAAGCCCAGUAGUAGUGCCUUGGAACAGCUUGAUAUCGAACGUGGCGUUUGCGUUCCGUUUCGAAAGUACUCACCCGAUACAGUAUGUAAGGAAUAAGGUAUUGGAAUCUAGAGGUGCAAUUCUGUCUCUGGUUGGUCGUGGAAUUGAGAUAGUUUGGAGUUUGGGAUUCUAUUGGUCUACCUUGAUGUAUGAUUGCUUUGUUGGUCGUGAUGAAGAAGUUGUUCCUUUUCGUGCUCGGCAGCUUAGGAAUCUCUUAUGUGAUUUGGGGCCUUCUUUUAUCAAAGCUGGGCAGGUUCUUGCAAACAGACCCGAUAUUAUUAGAGAAGAUUAUAUGAAUGAACUUUGCAUUCUUCAGGAUGAUGUUCCUCCUUUUCCCAAUCAGGUUGCCUUCAAAAUUAUAGAAGAGGAAUUGGGCCAACCCCUUGAAGCUGUUUUCAGCAAAAUUUCAUCAGAGACAAUAGCAGCCGCAAGUUUGGGUCAAGUUUACCGAGCUACUCUACGUUCCUCAGGAGAGGAUGUUGCUAUUAAGGUGCAAAGGCCACAGAUAGAGCCUAUUAUCUAUCGGGAUCUUUUUCUUUUCCGUAAUCUUGCGUCAUUAUUAAAUGGAAUCAGUCUACAGAAGCUGGGAUGCAAUGCAGAACUUAUAGUCGAUGAGUUUGGUGAGAAGCUUUUGGAGGAGCUUGAUUACACCUUGGAAGCUCGUAAUAUUGAGGAUUUUCUGGUGAACUUUAAAGAUGAUCCUACUGUAAAAAUUCCUCGGGUUUAUAAACAACUCUCUGGUUCACGUGUUUUGGUAAUGGAAUGGAUUGAUGGUAUACGGUGCACUAACCCAAAGGCUAUUAAGGAGGCAGGGAUUGAUGUAAAUGGAUUUUUGACUGUUGGUGUGAGUGCUGCGCUGCGACAGUUGCUAGAAUUCGGGCUGUUCCAUGGCGAUCCACACCCAGGAAAUAUCUUUGCUAUGCGUGAUGGACGAAUUGCUUAUGUGGACUUUGGGAAUGUGGCUGAGCUAAGUGAGCAAAAUAAACAGAUUUUGAUUGAUGCUGUUGUCCAUGCUGUAAAUGAGGAUUAUGCUGAGAUGGCGAAUGAUUUUACAAGACUUGGUUUCCUUGCUAGCGGCACUGAUGUCUCUCCAAUUGUUCCAGCUUUAGAAGCAAUUUGGCAGAACUCUGUUGGAAAAGGACUUUCUGAUUUUAACUUCAGAAGUGUUACAGGUAAAUUCAAUCAACUGGUGUACCAGUAUCCUAUCCGGAUACCCGAGAGGUUUUCUCUUGUUAUCCGUUCUUUAUUAACUCAAGAAGGCAUCUGUUUCACACUGCAGCCAGAUUUUAAAUUUCUUGAGGUUGCCUACCCGUAUGUAGCAAAGCGCCUCCUAACAGAUCCGAACCCUGCUCUACGUGAACGCCUCAUACAGGUUCUAUUUAAAGAUGGUAUUUUCCAGUGGAAACGGCUUGAAAACCUAAUUGUUCUAGCAAAGGAAAAUGUGUCGAAGAUGAGCAGCAACCCUGCACUGCAAGUGAAGGACACGCAAAGGUCAAGAGACAGGCAGGUUCAAAGAAAAUUGGAUCUCACAGACACCAUCAAGGACGGAGCUCGCCUUUUCUUAGUUGAUGAAGGAAUCCGUAGGCAGCUUCUUCUUGCUUUGACUGAAGACUCCAAGCUUCACAUUCAAGAGCUUGUGGAUGUUUAUAGACUAGUUGAAGACCAAAUAGAUAUUCCUACUAUGGCUGUGGCGGUAGCUCGAGACUUUCCGUCCGUUGCCCGGGAUGUCCUGCUUUCGUGGAGUGACUCCAUCUUAUCUGAUAGGUAAUCAAUUAUUUGUAGUUGCCAUCCACUACAAUUUGAAAUCAUGUGUGUAUAUUAUAGCUUGUCAAUUGAGGUUUCUACCUUUUUCCCAUUUGGCAAGAGCCUGUUUUUGCGAUUUGUAAUUUUAUUUUAUUGAUUUUUUUAUUUUGGUGAUUUUUUUUUUUGGUUUCUAAAGCCAGACAAUGACGUGAUAUAAGAAAAUUUUCCCUCUGUAUAUAAAAGAAAAUUCUUAUUAAA